AUGGCUUCCAUGCAGCAACGAAAGGCGGAGAUCCUGGCCAAAAGGGCCAAACUCGCCGAACUCAAGCGACAAAGGGAGUUGCGCCAGAAAGAGUUCUCCCAAACACGCGCUAACACCGGGGAUGCGUCUGAGAUUGUUUCGCCUGUUCCCAGCCGGUCUGAUAGCAGAGCAGAGCUCGAUGACCUGAUUUCUCGUCUUGUGGACCGUCCGGGGUCGGCCUCCGUGAGCCACGCCGAUGGCCCCUCGCGAAAAGGAAGCAGACCCAAUUCAGUGUUGAGUGCCAGUCAACUCAGCGGCGAUAACACCGAAGCUUUCAGUCCCCCCACGCGACCCGUUUCUCAAUCAAUUGCCGUCCAGACAGUUGGAGCGGAGCCUUAUCCCUCCGGUCCUGAAGCACCCCCGCCCCCUGAACCCAAACCGGAGAUCGUCACCUACAGCAAAGCCGUGCAGACAGAUGAUUUGAAGCAAUAUCAGCAAGAUUCCUCGUCGGUUGAUUCAGAAGGGGAGGAUCAGGACCCUGCGGGUUCCGGCAAACGUUUGAGCAAGAAAGAUCGCGAACGGGACGAGGAGAUUCGCAAAAAGCUUCGCAAGGAGAUCGAGGAUGAGAUCCAAGCCACUCAGCAGCAAACCCAAGAGAAUGCUACGUCCGAAGCUUCGCAUUUGCGGUAUCCGUUGCGUACGCUUGAGGAUGACGAACUCAAGGCUGUCACUUCUUCCGACGAUUUCUUAGACUUUGUUGAGCGAUCCGCAAAGGUGAUCGAGCGCGCGCUGGAUGAAGAAUAUGACGUACUGGCAGACUACGAGCUUGGGGGUAUUGAUGGCGAGCUGGAGGAUGACGAUGAACACGGAAAGAAAAAGAAGACUAUCAAGGAGGUUUGCCAGUUCUGGGACGAGCGAUGGAGUAAGAAGCGUAUGAUCAGCGACGUGAGCUUCUCUCCAAAGUUCCCAGAGCUUGUUCUAGCUGCGUACACCAAGAACCCUUCUGCGCCGCAUGAGCCAGACGGUCUGGUGCAGGUUUGGAACCAACAUCUCCAGUCUCGCCCGGAGUACGUUUUUCAUUCAACCUCCGAUAUCCUGACUGCCAAGUUCUCCCCAUUCCAUCCCAAUCUUAUUGUUGGUGGCUCUUACUCCGGACAAGUCUUGCUUUGGGAUACCCGUUCGUCUCGCGCUGGUGGGGGUGCGCCUGUGCAAAAAACGCCAUUGACUGGGUCUGGACACACCCAUCCAGUCUACAGCAUCUCUAUCAUCGGCACACAGAACGCGCACAAUAUCUUGACAGCAUCCACAGACGGUGUGGUUUGCGGCUGGACAGUCGACAUGCUUUCCCAGCCUCAAGAAUAUCUCGAGCUGUCCACACCUCCACCCUCGAAAACUGAAGAUCUCGCACCCACUACCAUGUCAUUCCCGCAAUCAGACCCCACGUUCUUCAUUGUCGGCACCGAAGAAGGAGGCAUAUAUCCAUGCCACCGGUAUGAUCGAGCAGGCGCGAAGGCGGGUACAGAUCACCGUCUUGCCUACCGCGGCCAUGCGGCCCCCAUAAUGUCAACCGCUUUCCAUCCGGCCCGGGGGCCCGUCGAUCUAGGUGAUCUGAUGUUGAGUUCGAGCUUAGACUGGAGUGUGAAACUAUGGCGUAUCCGCGCGCCAGCAACAACUGCGCCCGCAACUUCGGCUACAGCGCAGGUUGUCACCCCAAUCCUUGAUAUCAACCGGGAAGAUGUCGUGUACGACGCGCGGUGGUCCCCUCACCGCCCGGGUGUAUUCUCUCUCGUCGACGGUGCUGGAAACCUCGAGGUCUGGGAUCUCUACACGGACAGCGAGGUGCCAGUGGCGAAAACGACACCCACCCCGGGCCGCGGUGGCAUUUUGACACAGAGCCUCAACAAGGUUGCAUGGGAAGAGCGUGAGGGCAAACGUAUAGCUACUGGUGGUCUUGACGGUGUCGUAACGGUAUUCGAGGUUGGAAAGGGCCUUAGUGGCACUCCUGAGGACGUGCCCAACGAGGAAUGGGCAGGGAUGAAACGGUUGAUUGGAAAGUUGGAGCAGAAUGAUCGAAUGAACUGA